UUAAAAAUAAUUAAUAGUAAUAGUGGUUUGUAUAUAUCUACCAGAAAUACCAUUUUGACACAGACUAAUAGCUUGGAAACAACUCUUUUUAUGUCUGCAUUUCUGGACUGGCAGAUUUCCUUAUGCUUGUCUUUGUGUCACACAAAGUCACAGAGAUGGUGGGUGUCAAGAAUGAGGGUGAAGAGGUAAAGGAGCACCAGCAGAAAGGUGAACAAGAUCAGCAUCCUGAGCUGGAAAAGGACCCAGAGCAGACCUGUGAUUCUAAAGACCAGCAAGUACAAAGGUUGCCACAGUCAGGUGGUGGGCCUGCUGAACACAGAAAGAUCAUAAUCCAGGUCAUCCCAGGCUUCUGGCCUAAAGCUGUAUGUAUCCUUAAGUGUUCUCUCUGGACACUGGCAGCAAAGAUAGUGAGUUGGAUAAGGAGAACUAUGGGGAAAGACAUAAUGUUCACAUGUCUAUGUGGGGUCCUGCUCCAAGGACUGCUCUUUAUUAACACAAUGGCCCACUUGCUUCUAGCUCCUCUUUUCCAUAGUAUAGCAACGUUCCUUGACCAGAAGCAGAUGUUGUCCAUCAUCAGCAACCAAGAUGAAGACUUACUGAGCUACAUGUUGAGCUUGGAGGUGGAGGAGUACAACCCUGAGCUGAGGAUGUGCAGGAUGAUGUUUUUCUUUAGUGAAAACCCAUACUUCCAGAAUGACAUUGUCACUAAGAACUAUCACCUCAGCAUCAUUGCUAUGUAUGGGUACAAAGAGUCAGAUUCUAGUACAAUAGAGUGGAUUGGACAGGCUGAGCAUGGUUAUGCCAACUGCAUGCAAGACACUACCAGACUCACUUUGUUCAACUGGUUGUGUGCACAUAAAUUCCCUGGCUCCAACAGGAUUGCUGAGAUAAUCAUGGAUGAUCUGUGGCCAAAUCCUCUUUACUAUUACCCUAAGAAAGACUACUCAUGAAGGGAAAAUUAGGACCUUUCCUGGUCAGCAGACAGUUAUAUCCUGAAAGGGUGUUCUGGGGCCUCAAUGGAGAAUGAGAUAAUGGCCAGGAAAAUUUAAGUGUGAGGGAAAGUUGUAAGAGUAUGAGUAGAUUUUCCAUACCUCUGGAGGUGGUGAUUCCACCCCUACUCUGUGAUUCUGUGAUGGAUUAAAGAGAACUUCCUUGGACUUUUUGUUCUUGUUAAGAAUCCUGGAUCAGAGUGGUUUACCCAGGUUUUUGCCUUCAACUACACA